AUGACCGCCUUCCAACUCCUCUACACUGGCUACACGUUGAUGUGCAGCAUCUUCUCGCUGUUCUUCUGCGGCAUCAAAAUCGCUUUGACCGGUUGCUUUAGUAGAUAUUUCUGAAAAAGCUCACCAUCUCUUUUUUUUAAAAUAAAAACGGCUUUUCCUUCUAAAACCGAAACAAUUUCGAAGCAAACCGUUUUCCAAAUAAAUAUGCAAAUUUUUUUUUCAGUGCUGAUGUUCGUCAAACUCGAUGGGAUGGAUGAGAACGGAGUUCCUCUCAUGAAGAACCUGGUCUUAACACAACGAGAAAAAACAAUAUUUUGAUUAUUUCAGGACGUUCACGGCUUCUAUGCCUCUCUCGUUCUUCUGGAGACCGUCGGCAUCGUCAUUGCAGCAGUCUUGAUCUUCCUCGGUGUUAAGCAAGGACUGUGAGUGAUCGUGAAGUCUUCUGGAAUGAAAUGAUGUUACUGCAGGAGUCUCAUCGCCGACGAUCCCGCGAAACCCAUCGACUACUACCUCUACUGCGCCAAUGGAUUCACUCUCACCUUCAUCAUCUACUGCAUGACCUUCUGCAUCCUCGAAAUGGCACAUCGUAGCCACUGUGAGUUCAUUCAAUAAUCAUAUAUAAUAUCCUGAAAUCUUAUUGUUACAGUGCCGGAAGACGCCCGGAACACAUGGCUUCUCUGCGUAAGUUUUUUGUAUAUUUCUAAAAAGAAGCUUUCCAGAGACUGGUCUGAAAAAUAGUUGCAACAGAGUUCCCUAAAUCUUCUGUUUCGAGUUACUCUACCAUACCGAUUUCUAUUAUCAUAAUUUCAGCGUAGUGUCAACAUAACUGCCCUCAUGCAAACCAGCGUCUCCUGCAUGCUCCAAGCCGUCUUCCUCCUUCUGUUCCGCGCCUCCUGCUUGUCUCGCUUCGACAAGGAGACUCUUGACGCCAACUACGAAGAAAUCGCUCUUCAGUAA